CAUAAUCACGACGGGUCUUGAACGUAACAUCGUUUAGGCUGUUCGAAUCCCUCAGUGCCAGCGCCAGUGAUUAAAUAUAUCUGACUAAUUCUUCAUCGGAGGCUCUCUUUGCUCAGGAGAAGGUCCUGUCCGUUCCUGUGCAGAUACCAGUGAAGCCUCAGCAAGAAAACAGAAAAAACCUGCACGGAAACCAUAUUAUUGAGGAAAAACUGAUACAAGAGGAAUUGGAGAGAACUACCUGACAAAUUUUGGGACGCAUGCUAUUUUAUAGCUUUCUUUUUUUCACCCCGAGAGAUAGGAGUAGAUUGAGCUGUCCUGAGGAUUUCUUUUUGGACAUGUUUUAUUGAAGGAGAUCAAGACCUUUUGAAGCACAGAGGAUUUUUGUUUAGCAUUUGAGCUUGCAUAUCUAUGAAAUCAGAGUUAUACCCUAUAUCUACUCUAAUCAGAAAACCCAAGCUGAUUAAAUGGGCAUCUUCCAGAUGUGAUAUUAAAACAUUUAAAGAUAAAAACGGCAUUAUAAUGCAUCAUCCAGCAGCAUCUCAAUUUCACUAACCAAAGCUGAAAAUGACUGCAAUGUAACAUAGGGUUUUACUUCCUUCAUUGUCAUGUGACUUUGAACCUUUCAGCAUUGUUUUCUUCAAGGUCAGACAGUCUUUUUCAUCAGUUUAAUGAGGUGAGCAGUGGUUCUCGGUGACCUCCAUUGCCAGUGAAAGACUGUCUCUGAACUUAUUUUCUUUUCUGCAUGCGUUUCAGUAAACCUUAAAAUGAUUCGGUAAAAGUGAGUCGACGUGAAAACAUACUGGCACGCAGUGUGGCUGGACAACACCUGUCUCUUUCCACCCAUCUGGUGUCAAAGUGGGACUGCUACACAAGCUGCUGUCCAUAUUCCACGGCAGAGGACUUCCAUAGACUGCUCCUUGUGUUGGAUAAUAAGACAACCUGGCUCUUCCUCAUCGUUGGGACAAAUCACCUGUCAAAUCACUUCAGUUUGCCAAUCAGCAUAAAGUCCAAUCAGAUUUAGAGUCUUACUCCUGACAGUCAUCUUUUUCAAAUGGUUCAAAUGAAUUGGUGAAAGAUUCAGUCUGCCGGUGACAAAAAAUACAGUAGCACUGGCAAUUGAUUCAUCAGAGGCGUGACCGGCGAACAAACUGCUUGGGAAACUGGUUCAAGAAGGAAGAAUUGGUCCGCUCCUGCUUUCAAAUCUACUUCCUCCUUGGCCAGUUCUCUGGAUCGUCAUUCCAGAUCAUUCCUGCGACCUUUUGACCCAUCUCCCAGUGUUUCAUCCUGGACGAAGGGAUCUGCCUCUUGGGAAAGGGGCUGUGCUGUCCUGGCGGAGGUGGAGAGGGGGUCGUCAGUGUACUGCUGCUCCCCUUCUGUCAGUGCACGCACUCUGUGAUCAGUGCCAUCAGGCCUGAGGAACGAGCCCAGCCGGACUGAGAGAGGAGGCAGAGGACUUCAGAGCCAAAGACUCUGGGAUCCUGGCCAUGAGGUUUGAUGCCUCGAUCCACUGACCGGAAACACUGGACCUAAAUGGCGCAGCAUGACUUUGUCCCUGCCUGGCUUAACUUCUCCACGCCCCAGCCUGCCAAGUCCCCUGCUGCCAACCUUGAGAAACAAGGUGAGCCCCACCUCCACAGGGACAGCAGAACUGCUGUGAGCCGCCGCCGCCACAACUCCUCUGAUGGCUUCUUUAACAACGGCUCCUUGCGUGCCCCAUCAGGUGACGGAUGGCAGCAGCCCUCUCUGCUUCUGAGGCACGACUCGGUGGACUCGGGGGUGGCCAAGGGAGGGCAUGGUGGGCUGGCGGGGGGCCCGUGUUGGAAGGAAACACCCAGCUGGCAUGGAGCUCCGCGGGGCGCCCAGGACGGCCACCACCACCAGGGACGCCACCCCAAACGGGUAGGAGGCGACAGGGACAGGCAGGUGGGGCACCGGCAGCGCAACGGCAACUUUCAUCCCCGCAAGGGCGCCUCGUACCAGGACAAGUUCCCCAACGAGGAACGCAAAGACAGCAAGGACGACAAGCUGAAGUUCGUGGAGGAGGACUUUCCUUCCCUCAACCCUGAAACAACUGGAAAGCCUGGGACUACGAUGCGAGCAGUGGCCCCCCAUGCUGGAGUGUGGGAAAACCCCCCUAGUGGCAAACAGAUGGUGUCCAAAAUGUUGGUCAUCAAGAAGGUUUCCAAGGAGGACCCCAGCACAGCCUUCUCCGCAGGGUUUGCCACUGCUGGCGCCUUGCCCACCAACGGCAGCAAAGCUCCCAUCGCAGGCUCCAGCGUCUACAAGAACCUGGUCCCAAAGCCUGCUGUGGCCCCCACCAAAAGCACCCAGUGGAAAUCCGGUGGCAGAGAGAUCACUAAGUCUGGCCUUCACAUGCCAGGCCGAGAUUCAGUCUUCACCAGCCCCGUCUCUGCAGCCAAACCCAGCACCCCAGUCAGUGCACCACAGCACAACACCCAGAAAGAGCACCCAUCGAGCACGACUCCUCCCAUAGACAUCGCCCCAUCGAGGCUGAAGCUGAUGCGCCGCGGUCCGGACCGUAAGAGCGAGUUCCUGCGAGCUCUGAAGGACGAGGGCACCGGAGAGCUGACGACAAGCAGCAGCCCGGGAACAUCUGGAGAGGGUGAAAGCAGCACCCCAGAGCCGAAAGCCUACAGCGAGGAAGUCUGCCACGAGAAUGGUCUGUCCUACUCCCUCAGUGACUCAGACACUGAACACCUGUCCAGCUCCCUGGAGGCAGAGCACCGGUUGCUGAAGGCCAUGGGCUGGCAGGAGUACCCAGAGAACGAUGACAACUUCCUGCCUCUGACAGAGGAUGAGCUGAGAGAGUUCCAGACUAAAACUGAACAGCUGAAGAGGAACGGCAUGCAGAGGAACGGGGCUCUCCCGAGGGCGCGGGGUGUGACCCUCCACUUCACCCCCUGGAGGAGUGUGGCGGAGGCGAACGUCGAGGAGGGCUCCGAGUCCGAAACCAGUAGCAGCAGCCAGACCUCUGACGACGACGACUGCAUCAAAUCCUAACGUGGCUUUACGGAACAAAAUAAAAAAAACAACAACAACAACACAACAGCCAACACAACAUCCCAGCAAGCAAACCCCCCUCUUCCUCUCUCAUCUUUGUUUUUAGAGCACCAUUUUGAAUUUCCUUUUAUUUUGAUUUUUUUUUUGUUUUGUUUUUUGUUGUCAUUCUUGCACAAGGGAAAAACCAAUCAUAUCCCAGUGAAGGGGGAGAUUCCUGCUCCGCCAGACGUCGUUUUCCCUGCGUUUCCUCCUUCACUGCAGUCCCUGCCCUCUUUGACCCCCCCCCACCCCCCCUUCUCCUACUUCCUUUUUCUUCCUCGCUUUGUGGAACUGAAGUGUUCAUCAAGAAAAGAAGGGCAAUGAAUGCACACUUGAUUCUGCUUUAAACAGACUAACUCAUUUCAUUGAUGAUGCUGAUGACACAUUAUUAAUGAUAUUAAUAAAAAUUGGUUCCUGACAAGCUGAUAUGUUUCAAUAUGAA